AUGGCUAGCUUAAGUCUGAUCGUGGCGCUUUUUUCUCUCUUAGAGUUCCAAGCCUGCGUCGUGGAAGACAUGAAGUUCCAACUCACGUCCUACUACCUAGCUCACGAAUGUGAAGGUGCGCCGAAUCGAGUCGACGCUGAAGUUGGCGGCUCUUCUUUGGACGAAUGCACUUCGACAUCGUUUCACGGCUGGGGAUCGACGAGCUACAACUCCAGUAGCGACUACAAAGAGCUACUCGACGAGGUCUAUGAGAGGGUUGCUUACGUGCUGGUCGAGGCGUUCGAAGAAGACUGCACGACACUUCGAGACGCAAUAGCGUUCCCACGAUCUGGCCGCUGUGAACAAAUUCUGUCGGGGGAGCAGCGGAACGGCACAGCAGUGUAUGUGCUCGCCCAGUUAACUACCCACCUCUCUUUUAACAUUCAGUACUUCACAGACAACGAGUGGUUGUCACCCUUGCAAAAGUCGGUGGCGCUGACCCGGUAUAUCCAAUCCGACGACUCAGACGUGGACUCAACGCAGCUCGAUUCCCUUGAAUGCGACGGCCACUACUACAGCUGGAGCUACUACGGCGCUAUUAGAGCUGACUCCCACAGUUAUUCAGGCUCAGAUGGCGUUGGAAGCGAAGACGAACUCAACUCGACGCUGGAAUUGCAGCGGGGGCAGUUCAUGGAGGGAGGUGACCUACGAACGCUGCUGGAUGGGUACGAGGCUACACACCAUCCUAUUGGUAUCGAUCGAGAAAAUGCCACUAUCGCUCUGCACGUCUGCCAUGCGCUGACGUACAUGCACACAUUGCCUGCUCCUGUCAUCCAUCGAGACCUCAAGUCACGCAACAUUCUCCUUAACGCUCAGUACGAAGCCAAACUCGCGGACUUUGGGAUCUCGCGAGAGCAUGUGGACGACAUGAUGACUGCCGGUGUCGGGACUUCGCUGUGGAUGGCGCCGGAGGUAAUGAUGGGCGAGCAGUACGACUGCAAGGCCGAUAUGUUCUCGUUCGGCGUUGUCUUAGCGGAGCUGGACGUGCACUCAAGACCGUACUCGCACGCUAAGAAGACGAAGCGCGACCCGGAUGGAAGACGCCUCCUAGACUCCAUCCUUCUGCAGCAGGUGGCGAUGGGGCUCCUCUCAGUCGAGUUCUCUCAGAGCACACCAACGUCAAUUGCUGACUUGGGACGCGCAUGCGUGGCGUUGGACCCGGAACAGCGCCCGACAGCGGCAGAAGCACUGUAUAAACUUCACAUCGCGCUAGAGGAAAGUCUGUAA